UAGUCUUGAAACGGUUCUCAUCUCGUCUGGCAAUGGAUAACAAAGUGAAGUCGGUGGCAAGUCGCGUUAAAUUGAAGUCAACGCAAAUUUUCAUUGUGGCCGGAACGGUGUUAAUGGCCAUGGUCAUAUCGUUGAUUUGUAUAGGUCUGACAGUACGCUAUGAAGUGGAUACGGACACGGUAGAUGCUGGCAGUAUUGGAUAUUGGACAAUGAAUUUGCCACCGGAGCAAGAGGAAUGGUUUGCAAGGGGCCUGGAAGAUCUAAGGCUAACCUCCAAGGGUACUCAACGCUAUAAGGGGGAGGUGAAAAAUGUUAUUGUUUUUCUGGCGGAUGGUGUAACGACGGAAAUGUUGGCAAGGGCACGAUUUGGGGAGGAUGGAAAUGUAACGGAUUAUCUAUGGGAUUCAUUUCCCCAUUUGGGGGUAUUGAAGAGUAGCUGUGGCUACACAGCCAAUUGUGAUAUCUUCUCCAUGGGCACCGCCCUAUUCGGUGGUGUGAAAACCCGUAUGGGUUUGGGAGGCCUCGAUAGACGUGUAGAGUUUCAAAAUUGUAGUCAAGCGAAUAUGGCAACAUAUCAUGUACAAAGCAUUAUGGAACAGGCUCAGGCCAAGCAGUUGCGGACUGGGUUUAUUACCACCAAACGGGUUACAAGUAAUCCGGUGGCAGCCCUCUACGCCCACACUGCCGAUACAGACUGGGAAUGUGAUACCGCCAUGCCAAAAGAAAAACGUUUAUCUUCCGAUUGUCUGGAUGUUGCGGAACAGUUAAUGAACAGUGAAACGGGUCAACAACUCAACGUCAUUAUGGGUGGUGGUAAACAGACCUUGCUGUCACUUCUCGCUAACGAUACCGAUGUUGAUGCCGGCGCUUGUGAUUCGAAAGAUAAGCGAAAUCUUUUACAAGAUUGGAAAGCCACAAAAUUGGAAGAGAAUGUCAAAUUUAAAUUAUUGGAAACAACAAAAGAUCUGCUGAAAUUUAAUGGUACCUCGCGUGACUAUGUCUUGGGCAUCUUUGCCAAUGGCAAUACCUAA